GUUACGUUAUGAUGACUCAAAACAUCAAACAGUGACAAACAGUCUGAAUUUCAGAAGAUUGGACAAAACGACUCUUGGCUCUUGAUCUAUUUUCCCCAUUUCUGUUCCAUUUAAAUCUGUGAGGAAUACUGAUAUCAGAAAAAUAACAUGGAGUCUAUUUUUCACGAAAAGCAAGAAGGAUCUUUGUGUGCUCAGCACUGCCUGAACGCUCUCCUCCAGAACCAGUAUUUCAGCGCUGUGGAUUUGGCCCAAAUUGGGACAAGACUCGAUGAGAGAGAACGAGACAGGAUGGCAGAGGGCGGUGUUGCAACCAAUGAGUAUCAGAGAUUUAUUGAGCAACCGUCAAACAAUUAUGACGAUAGUGGAUUCUUCUCUGUACAAGUCAUCAGUGAAGCUCUCUCUGUGUGGUCUUUAGACAUGGUGCUAUAUAAUAGUCAAAACCCUGUCGCUGUUCAAGCAAGGGAAGACCCAACGCAGAUGACAGCAUUCAUUUGUAACUACCAUCAACAUUGGUUCUGUGUUCGCAAACUGGGAGAACAAUGGUUCAACCUCAACAGUUUACUGUCCGGCCCAGAGUUGAUUUCAAGUACUUAUCUCGCUCUUUUCCUCACACAACUGCAACAAGAAGGUUACUCUAUAUUCAUAAUCACGGGAUCACUGCCUUCAUGUGAAGCUGACCAGUUACUCCGACUUAUGCCUGCUGUGCAGACAGUGAAGCCGAGACUUUUGACAGAGAAAGAAGGUGGCAUUGAUGGAGCUGAGGGAGCAGAGGACGAUGAAGACGAUGCUCUCAAGGAGGCUUUGCGAGUCAGUAAAGAGAUGAUAGAACAUGAUGACUCAGCUCUACAACAAGCUCUUCAGAUGAGUCUGGAAGGUUAUCACAUGGUACCUACUUUCUCAAACAUUUCUUCACCUCAAACCAACUCUGCUAACAAGGCAAAACCAUCAGGGUCAGCUGACAGUGAACCUGCCUCAUGCAGUAGAGAUGUUCAGCCUUCGCCAGAGGAACUACGACAGAAGCGGCUCGCUUUUCUGGAGAGACAACAAGCAGGGGGAGUCGAACCAGUCAGAGGGUCAAGUGAGGGUGAAUCGACAGACAAAUCUGAGAACUCAUCGGCAGGCACAGAGCAAAGUGGAGAAGAGCUGUCUGAGGAGGAGCUUCUUCAACGAGCAAUUGCAAUGUCUAUGGAGCAAAGCUGAUAGACCGACAUCACAGGAACAUUCUUGUUUACUUUCUGAAACUGUGAUAGAAGUCAGAACUCAUCCAACACUUGUCUUUGAUGACAAAUAUGACGAUGGCUACGCACAGAAAGUGCUGGAAAGGAUGUCAAGGAAAAGCCUUGCUUCUCACCUUCCAAGGAUAACGGGCCUCCUUCUCUCUUACAAAUGCAAACACUUUGUAUCUUUUUUUGGUUCUGUUUUGGAUCCCUUUUCUGUUUGUUUUUUUUUCAUUUGUCAGGAAAGA